UCUCAGUUCUCUCCUCCUCCCACCUUGAGCUUCACAUCGCUUUGACUGACCCAACACUCAUUGGAUGAGCUGGAGGGGAGAACAGCCUUCAAACAUAAAACCCGCACCUCACAAUAUCAAAAUUUUAUUUCAUAAAAUCCUUGAGCUUGUCUCAUGAAGAGUCGAGUUUUGUAGAUGCAUAUGUGACCGUGAUUUUUUUUUACUUUGACUUCACUUUUUGUUGUGACAUCGCGCGUAUACGGAAUCAAAUCUACACGAUUUGCUCAUCUUCUCCAAUCGGGAAAACAGCCAGGAGAAGAGGACACGUUCAACAAUAUUUAACUAAAGAAGCCUCAAUACUCACUAACAAAGUUUCCAAGAAAUUCACAUGCGCACCAGGAAAGGGAAAGAUUUCCUCUUUGUGAAUCCCGUUUCCUCAGCACAUUCGGAGAAAGAGGGGAGCUUGAGAAAUCAUGCUGGUUUCUGUGAAGAGGGGCAAGAUACUAAAGUUUCACUCCUAGUCUUAGACCUUCCCAUCCAUUUUGAGAAUGGAAGUAUUCCGGAUGGGGCCGCUAAGGCUCACUCUUCUAGUUCUGCUGAGCGGUGUAUCAUUUGGAGUGGUUGAACUGGAGCCCCUCGCUCAAAACCAGCCUCAGUCUCUCAGUCCCCAUCCGCCUCAUAAGAACAUCACCUUGGCAGUCAUCCUGCCUCGGAACAACACUGAGUACCCCUGGGCAUGGCCCCGGGUUGGUCCUGCCUUGUACUGGGCCCUGGACAAGGUGAACUCUGACCCCAACCUACUGCCAGGCUACCAUCUACAACUGGUCUUUAACAGCAGCGAAAACAAGGAAGAAGUGUGUUCGGAUUCAGUGGCUCCUCUCGUGGCCGUGGACCUGAAGUUCUCAUAUAACCCCUGGGCGUUCAUUGGGCCGGGAUGUGACUACUCGUCCUCACAGGUGGCCCGUUUCACCACGCAUUGGGAGGUUCCGAUGAUCACGGGUGGGGCGAGAGCGCUGGGGUUCAAUUUGUACUCAUCCAUCACCAACAUCGGCCCAACGCACAAGAAGCUGGGUGAAUUUGUGGUCAGGAUGCAUCGGUAUUUUGGAUGGCACAAACACGCCCUGCUCACGUUUAGCGAUAAUAAGAACGACGACCGGCCGUGCUACUUUGCCGUCGAGGGGCCGUACACAGAGAUGCGCAAUGACAACAUCACAGCAGAUGACAUGGUUUUUAAUGAGGAUGAAGAACCCGUCCGUUAUGAAGUGCUUCUCCGGGACAUCAGCCAGAAAGCCCGUGUGGUGUAUGUCUGCUGCAAGUGGGACACGUUUCGCAAGCUGAUGGUGGAGUUCUUGAGGUUGGGUCUUCCUCAGGAGGAAUACGCCUUCUUCUUCAUCGAUCUGUUUGGAUACAGUCUGCAGAGAAAUCCUGCCAAACCAUGGGCACGUGGAGAUGCUGAUGACAAUGCAGCCAAGGAGGCGUUUAAGAGCGUGAAAAUUCUGACCUACAGAGAGCCUCAGAACCCCGAGUAUAAGGACUUUGUGUCCAAACUGAAGACAGAUGCCAUGGACAUGUUUAAUUUCAGCUUGGAAGAUUCACUGGUGAAUCUGAUUUCUGGCUCAUUCCACGACGGAGUCAUGCUGUAUUCUCAUGCCCUGAACGAAACUCUGGAUCGCUCGGGUGUGAGGCCCCCAGGGGACGUUAUCAAUAAGCGGAUGUGGAAUCGCACAUACCAUGGGGUUACUGGACUUGUUCAGCUGGAUAAGUAUGGCGAUCGGGAGAUUGACUUUGCUCUGUGGGACAUGACCGACACGGAUACAGGAGUUUAUCAGAUUGUGUCCGUGUAUAAUGGCAGUCAGAAGCGGAUGAUUCCGGAGCCAGGGAUGAAGGUGUACUGGCUGAAGGGAAGUCCGCCUCCAGAUAUCCCACUGUGCGGCUUCAAAAACGACAACCCUGCCUGCUUGGCAAAGACGGUCACCAUGCACCAGAUGAUCUCCAUAGUGGUGUGCUUCAUUUUUAUCAUCAUCGUAACGGUCACAGUCUUCAUAUACAGGAAGCUGAAGCUGGAGAAUGAGUUGACCGCUCAGCUGUGGCGUGUGCACUGGGAGGACAUCCAGAUGAGUAACAUGGAGAAGGUGCUGCGCAGAGCCUGCAGCAAACUCACCAUGUCGUUGAGAGGCUCUAACUACGGCUCGCUGCUGACUAUGGAGGGAAACUUCCAGAUCUAUGCCAAGACUGGCUAUUACAAGGGAAACAUAACAGCCAUUAAGUAUGUCAACAAGAAACGCAUCGAGCUCACCAGGAAAGUGCUGUUUGAACUCAAACAUAUGCGUGAUGUUCAGAAUGAACACCUGACACGCUUUAUUGGCGCUUGUAUCGACCCACCCAACAUCUGCAUCCUUACUGAGUACUGCCCUCGAGGAAGCUUACAGGACCUCAUGGAGAGUGAAGGAAUCACGCUGGACUGGAUGUUUCGCUAUUCUCUGAUCAAUGACAUUGUUAAGGGAAUGGCGUUCCUCCACAACAGCGUCAUUGUCUCCCACGGCAACCUGAAGUCCUCCAACUGCGUGGUGGACAGCCGCUUCGUGCUGAAGAUCACCGAUUACGGCUUGGAAAGUUUCCACAAAGAGAGCAAUCUGGAUGACGUGCACGCAUACUAUGCACGCAAGCUGUGGACGGCCCCCGAGCUCCUGCGUGCCGACAACCCACCUGCAGGUGGGACACAAAAGGGUGACGUCUACAGCUUUGGCAUCAUCCUGCAGGAACUUGCUCUGCUGAAGGGCAUCUUCUACCUGGAAGGACCCUGUCUCAGCCCUAAAGAGAUCAUAGAGCGUGUGGCGGAGGGCCGCUGGCCGUACCUGCGUCCGCUGCUGUGUCCCCAGAGCCACAGUGAAGAGUUGGGACAGCUGAUGCAGCGCUGCUGGUCAGAAGACGUCAACGAGAGGCCCGACUUCAACCAGAUUAAAGUACUUCUCCGCAAGAAUAACCGUGGGUAUGGGUCCAACAUCCUGGAUAACCUCCUGUCCCGUAUGGAGCAGUAUGCCAAUAACCUGGAGGAGCUGGUGGAGGAGAGGACGCAGGCGUACCAUGAGGAGAAACGUAAAGCUGAAGCUCUGCUCUAUCAGAUCCUCCCACACUCAGUGGCUGAGCAGCUGAAGCGAGGUGAGAUGGUGCAGGCAGAGGCCUUCGACUCGGUCACCAUCUACUUCAGUGACAUUGUGGGCUUCACCGCAUUAUCAGCCGAAAGCACACCGAUGCAGGUGGUGACACUGCUGAAUGAUCUCUACACUUGCUUUGAUGCAAUCAUCGACAAUUUUGACGUGUACAAGGUGGAGACCAUCGGCGACGCGUACAUGGUGGUGUCGGGUCUUCCCGUGAGGAACGGGAAACUGCACGCACGCGAGAUCGCUCGCAUGUCUCUGGCUCUGCUGGAGGCUGUUCAUUCUUUUCGAAUCCGCCACCGACCCAACCAGCAGCUCCGCCUACGCAUUGGCAUCCACAGCGGCCCCGUGUGUGCAGGGGUGGUUGGUUUGAAAAUGCCUCGGUAUUGUUUGUUUGGCGAUACAGUCAACACAGCUUCACGCAUGGAAUCCAAUGGAGAAGCCCUGAAGAUCCACGUUUCAGAGGCCACACGGGCCGUCCUGCAGGAAUUCAACUGCUUCCAGCUGGAGCUCAGGGGAGACGUGGAGAUGAAGGGAAAAGGACGAAUGAGGACGUACUGGCUGCUAGGAGAGAUCAGCUCCAACAAUGCCUAAAAACUGACGGACAGAGAGAAAGAGCAAUGCACCUGAGAGUAGAGAACAAAACAAACACUUCUAAACAAGUACUGGGACAUUGUGGGACAGAAGAUUUCUUCAGAAAAACACCAGACUUAGAAAGUUUCAAAACUGGGUCUGGUUCAUCUUUCAUCUCCCAGAAGCUUCACGGUAUUGCUUCAUGGGAAUCUAGCUGUGACUUCUUUGCCAAGUAAACUAAGAAAAAAACUAUACUUGAGCAGAAUCUUUAGACAAAUAAAAGAUGACGUAACACACCAUCAGAUCAGUGACUGUUGAGCUGAACGGACCUGCUCCUGGUCUGAUCGAAUCUGGGAUCGAGUGUUUACGGGUCUCGUAGGAGUUUUGAAUUUUGUUUUGUCGUGAUAGGUCUUCAUCCAGAUUUUUUUAAAGCAGUCAUCAGGAGUCCUCUGGGUCUGUAUGUUGUUGAUCACGUUAUUGUUCAGAGACACAGUGCUGUAGUCACUCUAGGUUUUUUUAGCCAUGCAAAAUGUUCUCGAUUGCUCCUCUGGGAUGCAGGUCAGUUCAGAUCUCUACUGUCUGCUAAAACUGAUCCAGUCAGCAGAGGGUUUUGAACCACAGGUGAAAGUUGCGCACAUAAGAGAAAUAAUAAUAAAUGGCAAGUAUGAUGAAGCAAGCGUAGAAAUGUGCAAUGAUGAAUUUUUUUCUCCGAUCGAAAGAUAAUUUCCCUCCAGAACUCCACAUGUAUUGAUGUUGCAAUAGCAUUUCAGAUGAAAACAGCCCAGGGAUGUUCUUAUCUUCAUUUAAUAGCAGGAUUUACUUUUUCCAACAAGAAUCACCAACACUUCUGACAUCCAGAAUGUAAAACGAUUUUAACCACUGAGAUUUAAUUAGCGGUUAAUGUUAUUUUGCUGCAUUUAUGAAUUCUGAUAUUUUUGGAUUUAAAACCAUUUGGGGUCAGAUUAGAUUUUAUUUUAAGAAAUUACUACUUUUAUUCAAUAAGAAUGCAUUAAAUUGAUCAAAAGUGACAGUAAAGACAUUUAUAAUGUUACAAAAGAUUUCUAUUUCAAAAAAAUGCUGUUCUUUUAAACUUCAUAUUUAUCAAAGAACCUUGAAAAAGAAAAUGUGUCACAGUUUCCACAAAAAUAUUAAGCAGCUUAACUAUUUUCAACAUUGAUAAUAAUCAGAAAUGUUUCUUAAGCAGCAAAUCAGCAUAUAAGAAUGAUUUCUGAAGGAUCAUGUGAUACUGAAGACUGGAGUAAUGAUGUUGAAAAUUCAGUUUUGCAUCACAGGAAUAAAUUACAUUUUAACAUAUAUUCAAAUAGAAAAGAGUUUUUUAGAAUUAUAUGAUAUUUAACAAUAUUACUGUUUUUACUGUAUUGUGAUAUAAAAAAAAGUACAGCCUUUGUGAGCAUAAGAGACUUAUGAAAACAUUUUACUGACCCCAAACCUUUGACAAGUAGAUUGACUCAAAACAAUACCUCUAUAUCAUCACUUCUAUACUCAAUUGCAAAAAAAAUUGAAGAACAAAAGGAGUAUGUCACACACAGCUAUAAUAAAAUAACACUGGUGGGUCAAUAUCACCAUAGAGUGCCUGUCAACCCUCACAAUACUCAAAAAUUGUAAUAAUUUCCCAUUCGCUCUAUGUCAUGUCAUAAAGUACUAUAGAAACAUAUUAGCUGAGCUCUUGAGACACUCCAUUUGAGUAAUCUCUUAUUAAACAAAAUAUUAAUAGAAGAACAAAAUGUUACAAUUUUAUGAUUUGACUAUAUUCUACUCUCAUUCAAAUUUAAUGGGCAGUACAUGGGACAUAGCAAAAAUAUCUUACACAAAACUUUAAAAAGUCUAGAAAAUGUAUCUAAAGAGCCAAGUAAUGCUUUUGUUAUGAAAAUUUUUCAUAGUAAUUUUUAUGCUAUCAUGGCAAAUGAGUUAUGUACAGGACACAAAAAGACCCUACAGUGACCCUGGUAAUGAUGCAAAUGGAAAAAUGUGUAGACAAUUAAAAUGUGUACUCCCUUCCUAACCCAGAGCUGCUGCCAUAAUUUUUUUCUAAAAUUUCACGUUUUUUAGCAUACAAUUAUACAUUCAAAAACAUGAACAGCAGCUGCAACCGUACAAUUAUAGUAAUUUAACUAACUAUUGUUACAUUUUUAUGAAGAUAAUAAUAGACAAUAAUAGAUUAUAAAACAAAGGUUUGUUUCUUCAGAAUGUGAUGAAUGUGGAUAAGCGCAAGAACAGUAAAUGGGUUCAAUUUUGACUUGUAUUUUCAAUAUAAUAAUAUUUUAGCAUCAAUUAGCAUAGUAUUUUUGUUAGGUUUGGAUGUGGGAAAGUUGAACCACCAUCACCAUCACUAAAUGUACACAUUAUACACCUUUUAAUAUUUACCAGCUCAUAAUGAUUCAAAGAUCUUCAUUAAAGGUAUAGUUCACCCAAAAAUAAAAAUUCAGUCAUUAAUUGCUCACCCUUAUAUCGUUCCAAACCCGUAAGACCUUUGUUUAUCUUUAGAACACAAAUUAAGAUAUUUUUGAUGAAAUCCAAGAGCUUCUUGACCCUGCAUAGACAGCAACACAACUGACACCUUCAAAGCUAGUAAGAACAUUGUUAAAAUAGUCCAUGUGAUGUAAGUAGAAGAAAUUGUUGAAUAAAGUCAUUAGUUCUGCUCACAAAGAGUAUUUUUUUGCUCACAAAGAGUAUUUUCAUAGCUUCAUAAAAUUACAGUUAAAACACUGAUGUCACAUGGACUAUUUUAAUGAUGUCCUUAUUACCUUUCUGAGCCUUGAAUGUGGUAGUUGUGUUGCUGUCUAUUCAGGGUCAGAAAGCUCUCAGAUUUUAUCAGAAAUAUCUUAAUUUGUGUCUUACGGUCUUACGGGUUUGGAACAGCAUGAGGGUGAGUAAUUAAUGAUAGAAUGUUCAUUUUUGGGUGAACUAUCCCUUUAAUAAUAGUUCUAAUAAGAAGAAACGUUCUAACCGGCAGCUUCCUGCUGACAAAAUCUCAGCUAUGCUGAAUUCCAUCCAGCAUGAUGCAAAUGUCAAGUUUAAGAUUCAGUUAAAUCACAUAUUUCUU